AGGCAGCCACAAGGGGUAACCGUGACAUAAGACUGUAAGUAAAACCAACCCAGAACAAGGCUAUAAAUCUGUCCAGCACACUCGGGAUGACAGAACAGCGGGGACAGCGUUUGUUAAUGAUAAAGUAGUCUGUUUACCAGCUGACAUAGUUACUGGCUAACUAUGAAAGACAAGCUGACGAAACAGCAGUAGUUUAUUGAAGGUAGGGUCGGUAUCGUAGCUAAUACAAAUAGUUUGUGUUGGCACUAGCAGUUAAGGCUAACUUUACGUUAGCAACCCCACGAUUAGCUAGCUACUGUUAAAUCUAAAUGUUCAUUUUAAGUUUACACAGCUAACGUUAUCGAACGCACAAUAUAUUUGGUUGUAACGUUAGAUCGCAUUUAAGUUCUAGAGAUAACAGUAGUUGGGAAGUUUAACUCGCGUCGAGAAAUCAUGGCGUCGAGGCGGUUUAGUUCGACAACAUAUGCAGAGGAGCAGUUCUGACUUUGGGCUGUCAACAAGCUCGCUGACGUUAGCUAUCCUGGCUAGCCAGCUAGCUCUCUUGCUACCAUGGCCAAAAUAGAGAACGGUCGUCAAUCAGUGGACACAAGGAGUAUCCGGACUAUCAGCAGCAGUCACCUCGACGAUGAAAGCUCUUUGGGAUCAGACUCCGAGAUCAACGGAUUCACCAGCGAAAGACAAACCGAUAAAUAUGGAUUCAUUGGUGGGGCACAGCAGCACACUGAGGAGUCAGCUCAGGAUUUGCCCCCAGAGGUGCUCCGGCAAAGAGAGGUGAAGUGGCUCGACAUGCUCAGCCACUGGGACAAGUGGAUGAUCAAGAGAUUCAAUAAGGUAAGGCUGCGGUGCCAGAAAGGAAUUCCUCCUUCUCUCCGAGGCCGUGCAUGGCUCUUCUUGUCAGGGGGGAAGGUGAAGAAAGAGCAGAACCAAGGAAAGUUUCAGGAGCUGGACAGCCAGCCAGGGGACCCCAAAUGGAUAGAUGUGAUUGAAAAAGACCUCCAUCGGCAGUUUCCUUUCCAUGAGAUGUUUGUGUCACGGGGAGGACACGGGCAGCAGGACCUGUUCCGUGUUCUUAAGGCUUACACUCUGUACAGACCAGAGGAGGGAUACUGCCAGGCUCAGGCUCCAAUCGCUGCUGUGUUGCUUAUGCACAUGCCUGCUGAGGAUGCCUUCUGGGGGCUGGUCCAAAUUUGUGAGAAGUACCUUCCUGGCUACUACAGUCCUGGCCUGGAAGCUAUACAGCUAGAUGGAGAGAUCCUGUUCGCUCUGCUGCGCCGCGUCUCCCCGCUAGCCUACCGCCAUCUGGAGAAACACAAGAUCGACCCAAUCCUCUACAUGACUGAGUGGUUCAUGUGUGCCUUCUCCAGGACGCUGCCCUGGGCCUCUGUGCUGCGCGUCUGGGACAUGUUCCUCUGUGACGGAGUGAAGAUAAUCUUGCGUGUUGGUUUGGUGCUGCUGAAGUGCAUGCUGGGGACCCGGGAGAAGCUGAAGGCCUGCCAGGGACAGUAUGAAACCAUGGAGCUUCUCAGGGCCAUAGAGCCUCGAUACAUGCAGGAGGGCUUCCUCGUCCGAGAGGUUCUGGAGGUGCCAGUGACAGCGCGAGACGUGGAAAGGGAGAAUCACACCCAGCUGAAGCGCUGGAAGAAGAACCGCGGAGAGCUGAAUUUCAAAUCCCCCCCGAGGAUGCACGGCGCUCGGAUCAUCAUGCUGGCCGAGCCGCCGAGACGCCAGGACCUCCAGCAGAACCCCACCAUUGUACUUGAGGUGCCUCAGCCCACCCCGCAGCUGAAGAAGGGGAAGGAGGAGAGGAAAAGCAAGAAGAAGAGGAGCAUUAAGAAGUCCCAGCCCAUUAUGGAGAUCCCUAAUCCUUACUCUCUUCCCAGCGACCCCCCACCUCCUCCACACUCGGAUCCAUCAGCUCCACCAGCUCCACCUGCAGUCAGCAGCGAGACGCCACAGACUGAAACAGACCCACCUCACCAGCAGCAAGCGCCUCCUACACACCUUCCCCCUGCCAAAGAAUCUCCUCUGCAACGAUCCACACAAAGCCUUAGCAGCACAGAUCAGGAUACAUACCUGUAGGUCUGUGUGCGUGCGUGCGUGUGCGUGCGUGUGUGUGUGCGUGUGUGUGCGUGUGUGUGUGAGUAGCACCAGCACCCUUAGGCCAACAAUCAGCCAGCCUUGCCAAGGUCUAUUAUUCCAUUGUUCGACCGAUUAGUGUUCAUUUCAUUAAUUUUAGACACCAUUUCGCCUAUAUUAUCGGUAUACACUAGAGCAGCAUUGCUAAGUGUACACCUAUUUUGAUGCUUACGCCAUUUCUCCACAUGAAGCUGAUGUUACCUCCCGUUGAUGCUCUCAUUCAGAACGCAAGUCUUAGUAUUCUGUUCGCAAGGGAGACGUGUUACGGAGUUAUUGUGAGCAAAGCCAUUUCUUCAGAGCAGUGUGGUUUCAAGGGUUCAAAUGGGACUAAGAGAACAAUGAGGUGCCACAGCUUAUGCAGUUUUUUUUUUCUAUACAUUUCCACUCAAAUUCAACACUAUCAAGUUCAUGGGUAAUACCGUGCAGCAGUGGAUGUGAAAGUCCAAGCUACAGGCUUUUCAACUUCUUAAGCCAUUCUAUUUCAUGGGGGGUUUUGUUCACUAGAGGGCAGCCUGGCAGAGGUUUAUGCUGUUACACUCCCUGUUAGUAAAGCUGACCACAGCAGGGGUGGGAUUCCUUUCAGGAUUCACUAACUUUGGGAGGUAUUAAUCCGAGUUGACGUUUUUUUUUUUCUCUUUCUUUCAGUAAGGACACUUCAUUACUUAUCAUGCUUUAUAUUCUUAAAUUUUAAUUGAAAAUCCUCUUUCUUGAAUCCAGGAGAUUGAGUCACACCACACUGUGUUCCUGCAAGUCCUUUUCCUACGUGCUAUUUAUUGAAAGACCAGUUUAAACAUGAAAUGUGUUUUUCAUGCAUGCCCUGCUAGUGCACAAAAGCUCUUUGUUUUUUUUGUGUUUUUUCAGAGUCCGUAGAAUUGAUGUUUUAACUCCCAAUAUUCCCUGUGCCAGGCACUUCCAGCCACUUUAGCGCAGCAGUAAUUCAUGUUGCUCUGGCAGCAGAGAGGAGAACACUGGACAUUCCUAACAGCAUGACCCAUUCCUGCCUUGUUAAAAGCUUGUCGGUCUAAAAGCUGUCUCUUGCCAAUUGCAAAUCUGUGUGAUGUAUGUAUUUGUGCAUGUGUUUGCUGUGACUUCUCGGACAGCGAGUGAGUGCAAAUCACCGCAAAAACGGUGCCGACAUUCCGCUUGGCUUUGCUCAAAUAUCCAACUGGAGCAAAGAAGGUCUUGUUUAAAAAUAUGUUUGCUAGAAUUUCCAAAGCAGAUCAAGACUGUUGUUUUGAGAUGACCUCCGACCGCUACCUGUGACCAAGCGUAUUCUGUUAGUACAGUCGAGAGGGAUUCAUUUCAAGAUUUCUUUGGGAUAUAUAUAUAUAUAUAUAUAUAUAUAUUUUUUUUUUAGGCAUUUCUCUGUUGAAAAUCUGGCUCAUUUCUUUGGGAGAUAUGUAGACAUGCAGUGGUUGCAAGGCUUUUUUUUUUUCUUCAAAACAUAUUGGACAAUCUUUUUAUUUUUAUUUUUUGUUACAGUCCGAGUUUUGACAAGCACACGUGUAAGAAGUGUUUGUGUAUAUAAUUAAUAUAAAAAAAAGUCUGCUAAAAGAUGCAUUUGUUGGGUCAGUUAUGAAAUAAAAAGCAAUGCUGUUUAAAAGAAUAACUCAUUUUUAAGCAGCCACUUGCCUGUAUGCAAUAGUCUUUUAGUUGCUUAUAUUACACACCUGACAUUUCGCUGAUGUUACAUUUUAAUUUAAUGCUCAUUGUGUAGAUACAACAUGUAAAAUAACAAUUUGUUUUGUAUUGAAAUCUAUUUUCAAUGUGAUAUGCUAUAUUUUGUCGAGCAGUUACAGAAACUGCACUGGAGACAUCUCUAAAUCAUUCGAAGUGUCGGACAGUAUACCCUCAAUCAACAUUUGUAACACUAGAAAAAUCUAGUAAAAGUGUUGUUUUUUAUAUUCUAAGACGGACUGGUAUUAUUUUACCAUUCACAUUAGGGUUGUAAAAGAGAUGUUUAACAACCAAGAGGCAGUACGCAUCAUCAUGAGUUUCAAUUUUACAAAUAAAUUUGUGUUUAAAGCCAACUUAAAA